AUGGACGCUCGUUGCCGUACGAUCCGGGAUGGCGACGUGGCGAACAGCCAGCCUCAGAACACCAACAGCAGUCCCAGCCUACCUCCUCGUACUAACCACCCGCACUCACACUCCCCACUCGCAACCUUCCCUUCCUCUUCCGGAGUAUCCUUAUCAGCGGUUCCCUCCUCCCUCUCCCCCCUCCCUCUUUCCUCCUCACUCCCUCCUCUCCCUCUCUCCUCCUCGCUUCCCCCACUCCCUCUUUCCUCUACCUUUCCCCCAUUUCCCCCUCCCUCCACCUUACCCUCCUCCUCUCACCACCUCCUACCCAACUGGUGGUGCGGCCACCACACGGCCAAUCAGAGCUCGCCAUUUGUCAGGCGACCGCUUUCCGUAAGCCCCCCAGGCCUCCCCCUUGUCCCCCCGUCCGGAUCCAUUGGAGAAAGGGGGAGAUCAGGCGGAAUGGAAGGGGAGGGGAUGGGAGGGAGAGAAGAGGGAACGUUAGGGGAGGAAGGGCAAGGAGGAAGGGGAGGAAGAGGAGAGGGAGAAGGGGAUGAGGAAGAAGAGCAGGUGCUACACCAGCAGCAGCAGCAGCAGCAGCAGCAGCAGCAGCAGCAGCAGCAGCAGCAGCAGCAGCAGCAGCAGCAGCAGCAGCAGCAGCAGCAGCAGCAGCAGCAGCAGCAGCAGCAGCAGCACCAGCAGCAGCAGCAGCAGCAGCAGCAGCAGCAGCAGCAGCAGCAGCAGCAGCAGCAGCAGCAGCAGCAGCAGCAGCAGCAGCAGCAGCAGCAGCAGCAGCAGCAGCAGCAGCAGCAGCAGCAGCAGCAGCAGCAGAAGCACCAGCAGCAACAGCAGCAACUAAGUCAGCAGCAACAGCAGCAACAGCAGCAGGAGCAAUCAAAUCAGACGACGCAACGGGAGCAGCAGCAGCAUUGGAGGCUGUAA